AUGGCUAUACCUAUGAUACUGGCGCUCACAAUUGCCCCUGCUCUGCUAGGAACACAAGAGGCAAUCCGACAAAGUCAGUCCAAGAAUAAACGCGAAGAGCACAGAGCCCGUCGCUGCAAUCUUGUCGUUUCUUGCGUGAAGCAGUCGAUCCGCAGUCGAGAUAUAAAUGGCAAGCUAGUCGUUCUAAAGGAUAACAAGCUCUAUAUCACCACUGGGGACCUAUCUGCGGAAGAUAAUGCGGUGAAUACCACAAGUCACGGACAUCCAUUUGCAGGAUAUUAUUUACCAUACCCUGACAAAACAUACGAGGGUAUUGUUAGCACUAUAAGCGAUGACCCACCGAUGCUGAACUGGAUAUAUGUCGACAAGAACACAUACGAAGUGAAGUAUGGUGUCCGCGCCGAUGCGCAAGACCAUAUAACAGGUCCGUUCGAUUGUACCCGGCAGGACCGGCGCAUGACUCUAGAAGGCUGGGAAGGUUUUGCUGCAGUUGAGGAGUUCCCGGGAGUGUGGGCUCUAUAUUUCGACCGUGACGACGACGGCUUGACUACUAAGGUCCCAAUGGGAACCAGAGUGCUCGAAGUAGAACUGACCCGGCGAGAGAAGAAAGAGCGCAAGCCUGAGCCAGACCCGAACCAGGCGCAGACUCUAGAUGAGAAGAUGAAACAACAUAAGGAGCAAACACAAAGAGAGGAAGAGGAGAAGCAAGAAAUGCUUCGUACACAGCAACAAACUGAUGCGAAUGAGCAAAGAGAUGAAGGGCCGUCGCAACAGGACAGAGGCACUACAGGCGGUGCACAGCUUAAUCUAGGCAAUCUGCACCUUGACCCUGGUUCCCACACCGAACAUCUACCUGGUACUGCCCCUCACUCGCCCAGUGUAGCAACCGACAACGUCUCGUUCUGGUCCGCGCCGAGGAAAGCUGAUGACCUUAGCGACACCGCGUCCGUCACAGUAGCUAGCUCUAUCGCUGACAGACUAGAUACUCUCGAAGAGCAAGCAAAUGAGUCAAGGGAACAUGGAUAUAAAAAGCCUUAUGUUGAAGACGAAGCUGUCUGGGAAGAACAUGUCAACGGUGCAUAG